UCCUCCGAUGCAACAAACAUUAUCUCAGUUCGGCGAUCGAUCGAAGGGCUUUGAAAGGAGCGCAAUCGAUCGAUUGAUCGUUCGGAUUCUAGGUGGCAUUAGUUUGCGCAUCAGCGAGGAGUUGUCGCGAUUCUGCGAUCCGUGCAUUUUGCAGUCGCAGAAUUCAUUUGUGUGGGUAUCCAUCCGGGGUUUAGGGUUUCCACUAGGAAGUUGUGUUUGUUGUUGUUGUUGUGGCUACGAAGCGCUUGAACGUUGUUCCGCUUUGAAGGAUCGGAUGUCUGCAUGUUAGGGGAGGAAGGAGAAUAAGCGACCAUGAUAGAGCCAAGCACAUUCGACGUGAUUGUAGUUGGGACGGGGCUGCCAGAGUCCAUUCUGGCAGCAUCUGUUGCUGCGUCGGGGAAGACGGUGUUGCAUCUGGAUGCGUAUGAGGGCUAUCUCUCUCCGUGGGCAUCUCUCUAUUUUUCCCAGAUAGGUGAUUUUGCGACAGCAGGAGGGUACUUGCCCAAAUCCUCUUUCGCCCCUGAAGAGGAAUUGAGCUUUACUGCUGAGGAGACGGAGUAUCACACUUUGGAGUUGAAAGAUGCUUCAGAUUUAUAUUCAAAUGUUAAGUUGGAGUGUACGGAUGAGUCAGUUCUUGGGCGGCUGAAUCGAUAUCACCUGGACUUGGCAGGACCUAAGGUUGUGUUCUGUGCUGGACCUUUGGUUGAUGCACUGAUAAAAGCGCAAGCUGAUCAUCAUGUGAGAUUUAAGGCCGUUGAGGCGAGCUACAUAUGGAGAGAAGAUCAAAUGAAAGCUGUUCCGGCAUCUCGUGCCGAUGUUUUUCGGGACAAGACCUUGGGCCUUUCUGAUAAGAGAUUCUUGAUGCGCUUCUUCAAGCUAGUGUCUGAGUAUACAGAGUCCGAGGGUGGAGUAAUCGAGGCGCUGGCGCCUGGAGAUCUUGACAAACCCUUUGUGGAACUUCUUCGGAGGCAGCAACUACCUACUUCAAUCCAAGAAAUUAUCUUGUAUGCAAUUGCAUUGGUGGAUGUCGAUCAGGAACACACAUCAGAUGCAACCAAUCUCAUAUCAACCAAGGAUGGACUUCAGACCUUAGCCCUCUAUCUAGCCUCCGCAGUUAGGUUUCCAGAUGCACCUGGUGCUUUUUUGUAUCCCAUGUAUGGGCAUGGAGACUUGCCGCAAGCAUUUUGUCGUUGUGCGGCUGUACGCGGAGCUAUAUAUGUUUUGCGAAUGCCGAUCACCAAUCUCCUCGUUAACAAGGAAGAUGGGGAAUGUAAGGGCGUUCGAAUAGCUUCAGGGCAGAUACUCCACAGCGAGAAGGUGGUUGUUGGUCCUACAUUCUGUGUGGAGCACCUUACAACAUCUGUAUCUACACCUAUGACGUCUUCCUCCAGUAAUGUAGAUGCUGAGGAAGGUCCGGAGUUCCAUACGUCUGAUGAUUCAAGUAAAUCUUUUGGAGGUCGUGUACUUAGUGGAGAUUACAGGAAAGUUGCCCGUUGCCUCUGUAUAACCGACAAGUCUCUGCAACCUGGAUUAAGCACUGUUCUGAUCAUUUUCCCUCCCAACUCUCUUGCUGGACGGAAGUCGAAUGUCGUAAGAGCGUUGCAGCUGGGUGCAUCUUCGGAUGUCUGUCCCGAUGGCAAAUACAUUGUACAAUUUUCAGUAAACUGCUCAAAUGCAACAGAAGCAGAAGAAACUCUGCAGGCUGCGAAGAAUGCUCUGUUUUCUGAAGGUGGCUCUGAGGUUGAAACUAUGCCCGACAAACCAAAGUUGCUAUGGUCCAUCUUCUAUGUCCAAGAUAUUUCUCACCCUUCUCGGGUAACUUGGCAAUCUAAUCAGGAAAUCAAAGGAUUAAAAAGUACGGUCAUGCCAGACGGAACUAUUGAUUAUCGCGGCGUGAUGAAAUCCACUGAGAUGAUCUAUCAUCAACUCUGUCCCGAGACUGAGUUCUUUCCACGACCAAUAACAACUUCAAUAAGUGAUGAGGGAGAUGGAGACGCAGACGAUACAAAUGAGCUCUGAUAGCAACAGGUAUAAGCAGCCUAUUUAUUUGAGAAUAGGAUCAUUUUGACGAAGUGCGUUUGAGGUGUAAAGGCAGGGUAAGUUGGCUAGAGCAAGAUGUAGUACUAGUGAGCUUUCUAGUGUAGUUGUAUUGUUUAGGGGUAAAAUUGUAACAAACCAUAGCUUCACAUUGAAAAUAAUAGCCAUGAAACAGUGCACGAAGUAGAUUCCGCGCUUCACCGUUAUGUUUUUCUAGCCAAAAUUAUCCUCAUUGAAUCCAUUCUGGAAGUUCAGUUUUGAACAUCGCUGUGGCUA